AGUUCAAAAGUAAACUGAUGUGUAAUUACAAUAUAAAAAAAAGUUUUGUUUAUAAUUAUAAAUAUCAAACACUGUAAUUAAUAUGCGCAUUAAGAGGGAAGCAACAAAAAAACCUAGAACAGUGUAGCAACACACAUUGAAGUGUGAAAUUUAACCUUUGAUUGAACUUCUUGAGUAUUUCUAACCUGCAAAAGGCAUUUUGCCACGAUUCAGUUUGGAAUUUCAGUUCGUUAGUAUUUUAGUAUCUUGCGGUGUUUUAUCGAUUGUAGACGUUGUUACUGUUAAAGUCUUAAAUAAAAUAAAUCUUAGAAAAUAGUUUUGAUAAAGGAACAUAAACCACAGGAGUAAAAAGUGUAACAAGGAUUAGUUGAAAACAGCUGAAAAUUCACAAAGACCUUGAAAUAUCAACUAAAAAUCGGUUGUAGUUAUGGGCGACGCACGGAUAUUACAAUUUUUGUCAGCCACUAAUCUCAAAGAUGCCACUACCUACACAUCCACGUCUCUCACUGAGCCGGUAAAGCUACGCGUUAGCGCAGAUGCCUUGGCGUCAAUCCCACCACAAACUAUACCACAAUAUUUCCACGAAAUCUGCCAAAAGUAUGCAAGCAUGCCCGCACUUUGCUAUGGCCACAUUUCAAAUAACAACGGUAACGGUACGAGUUCAAGAGCUGGUAGAAUAGUUACCUAUGCAGAAUAUGAGCAAAAUGCAGAGCAGAUUGUGCUCGCGCUAUUACAUGUAGGCCUAGGUCCGCGCACCGCCGUCGGCAUACUCGCCUUCAAUUGUCCGGAAUGGCUUUACACCGAAAUGGGAGCUUUGCGCGCUGGUGGCGUUGUGUUCGGCAUAUAUCUGAGCAGUUCACCGAAAGCAGUACGUCAUGUGCUCGGAACGGCGGAAGCGACCGUCUGUGUGGUGGACAACGCAAAGCAGAUGGCAAAGGUACGCGAAGUCAAAGGAAGUUUACCACAUUUGCGCGCCGUUAUUCAGCUCUUUGGACCUUUUGAUGAGUUUGUGGGACGCGAUGAUGGGUAUUAUCGCUGGGACGAUUUGAUUGCAAUGAAAUUCGAUGCCCAGCUAAAAGCUGAACUCAUCGAGCGCGAACGAGGUCUGGCGGCGAAUGAGUGCGCCUUGCUCGUUUUCACCUCAGGAACCGUAGGUUUGCCAAAAGCAGUUAUGCUGUCGCAUGAUAAUAUUCUGGCACAUGCGAAAUCUGCUCCCUUUCAGGGAGACUUCAAGGAAGGCGAUGAUAUAAAAGUGAGCUUUUUGCCUUUGUGUCACAUCGCAGCUCAAAAUGUCGACGUUUUUAACACCGCCAAUACUAGCACCUGCAUUUACUUUCCAGAUAGUGAUGCACUGCGCGGAAGCUUACUAAAAACUUUGGUUAUAGCGCGUCCUACAAGAUUCUUUGCCGUACCAAGAGUUUUAGAGAAGAUGCGAGAUCGUUUGCAGCAGAAGGAGGCAGAGUCGUCAUGGUUAACGCAAAGUGUUAUGCGGUCCGCACGUUGGGCAACCCUGAAGAGUUACCUAGAGCAUGCCGGAAGGGGAAAACCGGAAUAUUCUGUAAAGUAUUGGCUAGCAUCUUUCGUAACGCAAAAACUGAAAGUCGCCUUGGGCCUGGAUCGUUGCAAACUAAUUAUCGCUGGAGGAGCACCUGUUCCAGUCGACCUUAAAGAAUUUUUUAUUAGCAUAGAUAUACCGCUCCUUGAGACUUAUGGUCUCUCUGAAACUUCCGGUGGCUCAACGAUAUCUUUAGAAGCACGACAAAUGAAUGGAGCUGGAAAACCUUACCCCGGACUAGAAGUGAAAAUCGAUAAGAUUGGCCAGGAAGAUCAAAGCGAGGUCUGCUUUCGCGGUCGCUUCAUAUUUAUGGGUUACUUGAACGAACCACAAGAAACAGAGAAAGCAAUUGACGCAGACGGCUGGUUUCACACGGGCGAUAUUGGUUAUCUAACUAAAACUGGCGAUGUUAUAAUAACGGGCCGCCUAAAGGAUUUACUUGUUACAUCCGGUGGUGAGAAUAUACCACCGCUGUGCGUUGAAAGUCUGGUAAAAAAGGAAUUACCCUGUGUGAGCAAUGCCGUACUUGUUGGUGAUAAGCGAAAAUAUCUUACAAUACUCUUGACAAUCAAGACCGAUAUGGAUGUUAACACUGGAAGGCCAUUGGACACCUUACAGCCAGUUGCCAUUGAAUGGUUUAAAUCACUGGGCUUCGUCUACACUCGCCUCUCCGAAGUGUUGCGUAUCCCUGCACAGUUGGAAGAUUUUGAUGCGGCAACAUUAGCAGCGCAACCAGAACCAAAGGUGGUGGCCGAAAUACAGAAGGGGAUUGAACGUGCAAACGAAAACGCAUUAUCGAAUGCUCAGAAAGUGCAGAAGUUUGCGAUUUUGCCACACGAUUUCUCAAUAACUACUGGUGAAUUGGGACCCACAUUGAAGUCUCGGCGUAAUGUUAUUUUACAAAAGUAUGCGAAAGUUAUCGAUCGUCUUUACGAAUAAAAUAAUAUUGUAAUAAAUG